AUGGCUCGAAGAAGCGACUUCCUACGGAAAAUUACAGUUGUUGUUGCUGCUGCUGCACUCUGCCCAGCCUGCCACGCUCAAGCUGCCGACACAACCGUGGCUGUCGAACGCCGAUCGGAGCCGACCAGCAAGUAUGGCAAUCUGUCGGCCAGUACAUCCCCGGAGGCGCCUCGCGAUGGCAAUGACACCCGAGCGCCACUCGCUGCUGGAAGCGAAGGGGUUCGGAACGGAGAUGAUGGAUCUGGGUUAGCAGACUUGGAAGCCCAACAAGAAAUAAGCAUCGAACCGAAGGACCAUGCGGCGACCAGGAUGUGCAACUGGGAGGAGAGGUGGAGAGGCGACGACGGACCAUUCACCACGCGCCUCCCUGUUUCUCUAGUAGACGGCGGCUCGGAUGGGCUCUACAUUCACGAAAGUGAUAGUAGAGGUACACCAAGAGAGUCGUCCAGUGCUGGUGGUCUGGGUGGCCGAGGAGAGGAGGAAGAGCCGGCGAAACUUCCUCCACUUGCCACCGCUGAAGACGACCGUCCCCGGGAAACCAACGACGCCAACGGUCAGCGCGAGACCUUACCUGGUACAAACAUCAUCGAUAGCAAAAGCAUGAUGACGCCCGUCGUUCUAGAAUAUCACUCCGGGUCGUCCACUGACACAUCUGGGGCGGCACACAUGAGGCGCGAGGUGCCGUUUGCGGGUCAAGCGGACCACGACCCCUGGGAAGGGUACCAAAUCAUCGCCCAAGCUGACCCGGUUCAGAGCUGGGACAUACUGCGUGAGGGGGUUGUCUAGAGGACUACUUAUGAAUCACAGAUGACUCCGGAUGCCGGCGAGAAGGAGGGGGGGAAACCUGGGAGUAGACUAGCCGCACUUUCACGAAGGAGGAAGGCGAUGUCCUUUCCACGUACACAUGCGAAGGUGUACCGAUUCAGAAUUCACCCUCAACUGGGAACCUCUUGUGGCCAGGAUGGGUAAUUCGAUGGAAGUGUCACAAGGUUCUUUGUAGGAUCGACUCCAAGAGGUGUUCUCAGGACUGACACACUUUGUGUCCAUGGGAAAAUGUCGAAGUCAGGAGAAAAAGUGUGCACCCAAGGACAUUCGAACCGGUAUCCAGCUGACGCCAUAUGCGAAGGUGUACCGAUCCAGGUAAAAGUC